CUCGUUUUUUUUUAUCAAGAGUAUACGCUUUAAAAUAGGAAAUCUUCCUUAAAAUUUUGAUAUUUUGGGUCAGUUUACGGUUUAAUCCUAACAUUUAUUUUUUUAACAGAAAAGUAUUGAUUAUCUAAUUUUAUACGAUAAUGUCAUUUUUUAUUGAAAAAAGUAAUGACUUUUCCGGUAAUUUGGGCAAAAUACAAAAUAAUCAUGAUUUUUUUAUUCAAAAAAUAAAAUUUGUGAUUAAAGCGUUAAUUUGCCCAAAAUAUUGAGAUUUUAUAAGAAAUGUGCCUUUAAAAUAAGGAUAACUAACCAUUUCUUUUAUAAAGUUUUAACAAAUAUGACCUUUAUUUUCAUCAGUUUUAAAACUAAUCAACUUGUCCGAAAUGUGGCAUUCCGUACCAUGAAAAUAGGUAAAGCCUGUCUGUAUGGUCCGAUCUGAUACAUUGGAAAAUUCAGAAAAAGUUAGAACCCAAACUUUGAAGUUCUUUUUGAAGAAAAAUAUGGAUUCUACGAACCAGUAUUCAACAUUCACCGCCACACCAUCUCCGUCAAUACAAUAUGAAGUAAUAGACGUUGAGGUUAGACAGCAAGGUCUUGUUGAUGGGGUUGCAUUAGAAAUGAUUUGUGAUUUUCAACAUGUACAAGAGCAAUUGUUAGUAUUGGAAAUCUCAUUACCGCAUUCAGAAGUCGAUGAGGGUGGAAAUUUAGCGCUUUAUAAUAUGAAAAUCCUAUUGAUUAAAAUGUCUAAAGAUAUACUAGAGUUUCUCAACUCAAUGGAAAGAAUUGAAGAAGCACGUGGGGUGAGUGCAACACUCGAGGAGCGAGUUGAAAUUGCCGAUAAUACGUUCAGCUUAAUUGAAAGCUACAUGCAAUUGUUUGAAGUUCACAUAAACACUGCUUGUUUGCAUCGUAUGCAAGUCCAAAGUAAUAGUGGGUAUCAUAUAUAAAGAAAAUGAAAUGUGAUUUUAAAUAUUAAUAUGUAAGUUGUUAUGGUUUAGAUGAAUGAUAUUGCUUUUCAUUUUCAUUAGGGAAAAGACUUUAAAAAACGAUAAAAGAACCUUACAAAGUUGUUACA